AGUGGGGGAGUGAACUGUCCAUGAGUAAGGACAAGUGAACAUUUCUAUAUGUGUUGUUCAUCAGAGUAGCCGUCGUUAAUCAUACUCAAGAUCUCUCUCUCUCUCUCUCUCUCUCUCUGAGAGCCACAGAAUUGCACGUAUAUGCAAUGAAUUGAUUGCUCUGUAUCAUUCAACUGUUGUGACAGAGUGGUAGAACAAAGACCUGAAUUGAGCUCCGGAGACACACAAAAACAUGGCUGAAGCUGCCGACUUGCUCCCGCCGGCGGAGGUCUUGCUUUCCAAGCGUGUGCAAGAAAUGGUGAUCAACCAAGAAGAGCCGCCCCAUCUCUACAUCUGCAGGAAAAGUGGUGAAGCGGCAGACGAAGAGAAAGGAGGAGAUGAUUCUUCCGAUCCGCUAUCUCAAUUUCCUCUGGUAGACCUUUCCAUCGUGUUGUCAUCUUCAUCUCCACAGUCGGAACGCGAUGGAGAGCUACAGAAGCUCAGAUCAGCACUUUCCUCAUGGGGCUGCUUCCUGGCAACAGGCCAUGGAAUCCCAAGUUCUUUCCUGGAUGAAAUAGUUCGAGUCACCCGGGAAUUUUUCAAUCAACCGAUGGAAGAGAAGAGGAAACUUGAGAAAGGAGUGGAGGAGUUUCAAGGGUAUGGCGCCGAUCCUGUUCCCGCUAAAGGCCAGCCCCUGGACUGGUCCGACCGACUUUUCCUCGAUGUAUAUCCAGAGGAUCAGAGGCAGCCGAAGUUCUGGCCAGAAAAUCCACCUUCUUUCAGAGAUGUUCUACAAGAGUACACUGUGAAGAUGAGGAUGAUGACAGAAGCCGUCUCAAAGGCCAUGGCAAAGUCACUGGACUUACAAGAGGACUGCUUCCUAAAUCAGUUUGGCGAAAAGGGGCCUCUGCAGGCGAGAUUCAACUACUAUUCCCGGUGUCCGAAACCCGAUCUCAUCCUUGGCUUGAAACCGCAUGCAGAUGGAUCGGGGUACACCAUAAUCUUGCAAGACGUUGAAGGUCUUCAGGUUCUCAAAGGCGACAAGUGGUUCACCGUACCAACAAUGUCUGGUGCUCUUCUUGUCCUCAUGGGUGAUCAAAUGGAGGUAAUGACCAACGGAGUGUUCAAGAGCCCAGUGCACAGGGUGCUCAGCAGUUCAGAGAGAGACAGAAUCUCUGUGGCUGUUUUCUACACACCAGAAGCCAACAAAGAGAUAGGACCAGAAGAGGCUUUGAUCAGCGAGGAAAGACCAAAAGCUUACAAGACAGUGAAAGACUACGCCGAUGUGCACUGGGACUACUACCAACAAGGCUUGAGAGCCAUUCAUGUAGCUAAAGUUUAGAAGCUCUAGCAGUUCUCUUGAUCAGCUGUACUUAAAUACCAGAAGUACCUGAACGAUGGUAAAUUGUCGACGUGUGACUUUCUGCUAGGUCCUGAAACUUUCGAGUUCAGAUGGCUUGUGACUGAAUAGCUUCUCUGGUUAUAUAAGCUCCUGUUCUUUUUAAAGCUGCCAAAGAGCUCUGUCCCUUGCUCUGU